AUGCCAAAAGCCGACGGAAUUCAAGCAAACCUCGUCUGCAAUGGAAUGUCAUUAAAUGAAUACCCUACCGCCUCGUCCGCGCCCAACACCGUGUUCUGCGAAUCAACGCCGGGUCAAGCUUUCGAGGUUGUGUACACUGGACCAAGGACACCUUCGGAUUGUAUAGUUAAGCUACUCUGCGAUGGUGUCCGCGUGAAGGGCACUGCAUUCCGUCGCCAUGAAAAUCUCUCUCAAACUAUUCGUGGUAUCUAUUCGCCUACCGACGAUACAAAACUUAUGCCCUUCAAAUUUACGAAUAUUGAGCUUUGCGAAGAAGAUGAUAGUCAUCCAGAACAAAUUGUUAAAAACCUAGGCACUGUAUCAUUAGAAUUUUUCCAUUGCAUCUUGGGUCGAAGCAAAAAAGGGGGUAAAGACCCUGUUCAAUCACUCGCAUCCAACUCCAAAUUCUCGGAACGGAACAAGAAAGCUAGCAUGAUUCCGCAUACUAUCAGCCUCGGUGAAUCGAUAACUGUGCCAAAACGAUCGGUAAAAAGUUCUACUCACAAGCAGAUGGAUGAAAAACCCUAUCUGCGAUUUGUAUGGCAGUACAGGUCUCGUGGCAUGUUGAUCACUGCUGGCGUGAUUCCGCGACCCAUCAGCCCGCUCCCAGAUGUCGGACCACCAAAUCCCUCAGUCACUCUUGAAGAUAGCGAAUCAAGCCUAGUACAGGUACCGGAACCACGCGUGAAGGAGCGCAAACCAUCAAUUUGUGUCAACAGAGGUGGUGACAUCAUAACUGGACCUUCGACUCGCCAGGACACCAAGCCUAACAUCAAGCCGAAGACAAGCAGUGGCAAAUCGGUGGUCAUCGAUCUGUGUGAUGAUGAUAAUCAACCAAUUUGGCAGUUUAGCUCAGCAAGUCGAUAUCAAACCUGUGAAGACCGAGUUGGAGACUCAAGCAGCCACAGCACCUGGUGA